AUGAAUCUCAUUCUCUUUAUCACUUGCAUCGCACUUCUGUCGUCUGCUUCUCGAAGCGACGCCAAUCUUCUUCCCCUGCGAAAGCUGGCCUGGCACAUUCCUUCGCAACCCCUACGUUGGCUGCGCGAUCCGCCUAUCCUAUACAUCAACGGGACGGUCAAUGACAAAGGCCUGAUCGGAUUGCGAGCUGCGGUCGAGGAUCUGGUCACUGGGCUGCAGUGGGAGUUUGCUCGGCUGGAUGCGGACAGUGGCUCUCUAGAGGUCUUGGGGGAGAAAGCGGGCGCUGAGGGAGUUGAUAAUAUUGGCGAAGUACAGGAAACAGCUACCUCCGACAUUCAUUUGUUCCUGCGAGAAAUCGCGGCUGCAAAGGGAAAGGUAUCUGUGAGCUUGAACAUUGAGCGAAUUUUUGACAAGUUCGAUCAAGACGUUAAGGCGUUUUCUGCAGCCCAAGAGCGGAAUCUGGAGAUUAUCUUGGAUGAAGAGAGAGGGAGGAGAGACUUCGCGUCACUCUACAGCUGGCUCAAUUCAUUUCUUGGCCACGACGCGGCUCUCUCUAAUAAAAUUGCCUUGUUUCUCAACAAAACGAUUCAAAACCUGGCCUUCUGUGAGUUCUACCGAAUGGCAUCCUACAUCACCCAUCAACAGGUCGUCGCAAUCUCUCCGGGUAAGACUGGGACUCUGGAACGAUACAAUCACGCACUGGACCAAUGGCUGCGGGACCAAAUGGGGUACCUGGCAGCAUCUGGCAUGGAGCCCGAGGUAGCGAGGACCUUCAUCGAAUCGCAAUCAAACACCUAUGGCAGGGAGCAGGUGGAGACCUUGCAGAGAGAUUUGCGGACCGCGGGAAUCCGAGGUGGCAGGACGGCGGCUUGUCAGUAUGCUUCUGAGCACUUGCUAGAUCGCCGAACUGAUCGAAGUGGUUGGGAGGAGGAAUUGAUCUUUGGGCCCGCGAGAGAGCUUCGAGGUGUCGAGUGGCGUCUCUACGAUGACGACGACGAACAGGAACUGGGUAUUCGACCGGAUUGGGGCGAUAUUCUGGAUACCAGUGACCAGGGCAAAGGGCAUGGGCGGCGAUGUGAGAGGCUUGUGAGAAAGCGAGAAGGAUUCGUACAUAAUUCAGCCGAGAACGAGAAGGAGUUGUAA